CACAAUUUCAUAGACACUCGGGCGUCCGGGAGCUCCCAAAAGACAUUGGUAGAAUAUACACUACAUAAGAUCGCUGUACAACUGAAGCAGACACUCGGGACGCUCCGAAAAUUACAUAUUACUUGGAGCCAGGAAAAUUCUAUUUCAGUAUCUGGCGGCUUUCUUUUUAAUCUACGCGGAAACGUACAGGCUGGAGAUCGUAUCUCCAUAGCGAUCGAGAUUUUGGCCGAUCACCGAUUCACCAUAGCAUGUGUAUGUGUUCCCCUCCUACGUCAUUGUCGACACUAACGUUACCGUCGCAGAUGCUACAACGAUUGUAGUUAGCGAGGGUUGGGCCGCACUACGUAUUGAGAUCACGGGAAUGAAAGAUACGACGGACCUCGAUUUCUUACGGGAUCUUCUACUCGCCACAUUGCACUCAAAGAUUGGGGCUUGACGUGUUCCACAAAAUGUUUCCUCCACAUCCGUAUAAACUCUUCCAGCUCGUUUUCGGACAUUUUUCGGACAACAACCUCCCCAUGCUCUUCAAAGUCAUCCGAUCUGCUCAGUAAAGGGAGCCCCAGCGCUUGUUUGAGAACCUCAUCAUCAAUACUCCCGUCGACCCCAAAGAAUUCACGAAUCUGGCUUUCCAAUUCUUUCAAUCUCCAUGCGGGUAUUUUGUUAUCUUUGAGUAAAAGUGCUUUGGCAGCUGCGUGCAACCGCCGGUGUUGUGGAUGAGGGAUGUAUCCACGUCCUUCGAGUGGGAUAUCGUAUUUCUUUGCAUAUUCCUUCUUUACACUCAGAGCCUUGCUUUCGUAUGCAUCAUGGCAGCGGUUGCAGAGAAGGACAAUAUCGUGCGAAGCAUGCGAUUUUAUUUCAAGUGGCAUGAACUUUCUAUAUUGAAAAGAUAAUAUUCCUCCCCUUCGCCGACUCUCCCGUUUCCUUUGGGCUCAAACGUCAACUGUAUGACUGUGCGUGAUUCAUUCAAGGAUAUCGCAAGCUUUCGAUUGAGGAAUGCUUGUGAGUGUACCAACCGUGAACAACGAAACAUUAAGGCACCGCGGGGAGAAUAGACGCUGUAGUUUUCAUACAGAGGACUUUGCCGCGACGGCAUAGUAACACUGUGAGCUGAAGUGGAGUCUGACUCUGAUCCUUCUCUGUCUGAGGACAUUUAGUGCCGUGAAUGGAAGAUCACCAUAUCCAUAAUAGCAAACCGGAAAGAACCGGAGUGAACGACAUGCUCGCUGUCUCCGUCUCCGUGAUCGACCCUUUGUUAUACAUGAACGUUUAACGGCGUUUGCAACAGGAUAGCUCCUAGAAUUUCCCGAUGUUGGGAACCAAAUGCCGUCAUGAAAGAUACAAAAAUAAAAAAGUUCCGGAUAGGCGUAAAACAAGUAACAAGAACUGGAUUUUUUUUAAACAGUUCCGACGGUCUCAUGUUGACUAAAGAAUAGCUAGCCUAGAGCGGAAUGAUUGCAUAAAAGCAGAAGGUGGCACCCCAGAUACCCAUCUCAGUAUCCCCGGAGACCGGAAGGCACCAGAAUGUACAGGGACCACUAAAAGCGAUAGAACAAUAACCUCCCGGUAACGACGUGAAUUACUGGAGACUUUCUCGCUAUAGAGGGCGUAAGGUGGCGAUUGUCUCGUCGCCGCGGAACAAGCACACACGAAACGAUGGCAUCUCUGAUGGCUGCUCCGCCUACCACAAUUUCUGGCCAAGCCUUCCCCGUGGCAAACCAGACCGUCAAUCAAUCCAGUCCGACAAUGGCCGAUAGCACUCCGUUGUUCGCAUUGAAAGCAGUGGUGGACCUGAUACUCCGCGCUUCUGCUGUGGCCAUGUUAACGAUGAAUGUCUUGAUGUGGUUGCUGGUACUACGAAAAAAGCAAUCAUCGCUCAGGAUCCUUGUUGGUGCGUGCAUCGGCACGUACCUAGUGGGUGUACUCUGCACUAUGCUACCAAAAAUUCAGGCGGCACCAAACAGUCCCAUCCUCACGAUCGGAGUCGGAGUAGGAUGCUUCAUGUUCAGUUACGAGGUUUUCAAUUGGGUCUUGUACCUUCGUUUCUCCAUAAUCACGGCCUUUGAACGACGGCUGCGAAUUGCUACUCUCAUUUGGCUGGGAUUGGAGUCGCUCGCUGCUGGAGCAAACUAUAUAUUUUGGGUGUAUGAGAGCGUCACGAAGAAUGAGUCCCCAGGCGCGGAGAAAAUGUUCACUUUUUUGAGUGUCGUGCAAGCUGUAACUGCCUUUUAUUUGUCGACUUAUUUCGUCGUGAAUUAUUACCUUCCCAUGUUGCGGCAGAACCGGCAAGGUGUAUCACUCUUUACACGUUUUUUCACCACAGGUUUUUUGUAUCUGUGCGCUGAAACCCUCUUACACUGCACCUUCACCAUCACAUCGAAUUUUGCGGUGAACUACCGUAGCGGAAUAACCGCCCUAGUAACGGCAAUCCGUUACAACAUUUUCAUUUUGUUCAUUCUCGCCCUACGUCGGGAGUACAACCAAUCGGCGUCUUUUACGCUUUCCCCACCGCACGUCCGACGACCGAACCGAGUGUUGGAUGCUGAGCAUUUACAACAAGUCGGCGUUAAGGGAACGUUUGACGAUUGGGUGGUAGACGAGUCAGUUACGCCUGUAUCACCAACACCUCCACCAGCAGCAUUUGAAAGGGAGAAUCAAAAGAUGGCUGAGGUUCGUGCCCCAGAACCUCGAUCUUUGGGGAAACUACGAGAAAAAUAGCAAUUUCUGUGUGUAGAUAGACAUUUUGUAAAUACCGGUAUAUUUGUUCCAUAUCUGUUUUUCGCUGUGGCUGUAACAUGUGGACAGGGUGAUCUGCUGAGCAACUCUAAACCUUUAUAAACAAGCUGUGGAUACACCCCAGCCAAUACAUCCGCUUG